UGAUCGAUGAUGAUUAUAAUACAUCGGAGAAGAAAUUCAUUUUGAUAAAAUAUACUAAACUGGCAAAAUAUUAUUUUUUAACCGCAUUUAUAUCGAUGACCCUUGCCAUUGGAUUGUAUUUCAUCGUCGGGAUAUUACCGAACAUAAAAAUCGCAAUAAGAAACUCAUCUUUGGGUUACACCCUACCGUAUAAAACUCGAGUUAUUAUCAACAUAGAUGACACUAAGGUCUACUUUUGUGUUUGCCUCUAUCAGAUGUUAAUGGUUCCGAUUAUUAUAAUUGGUUACGUUGGAUUCGAUUGUUUAUUUACACAUCUGGCUUUUCAUAUUUCGGCACAAUUUGGAAUUCUCAGCUGCAGGGUCAGAGAAAUUCUCGAUGACUGUAAUAGUUUUCAAUUUAAUAUGAAGGCACUGGUAUUUCGACAUUAUAAAUUGAUAAGGCAAGCAGAAACUUUGGAAGAUAAUUUUAGUGUAAUGAUAUUACAACAAUUGAUGGGAACUACGUUCCAUCUUUGUAUAUCAGGUUACUAUGCACUUAUAGGUUCCGUAAAACAAGAAGGACUAACACUCACCUUAUUCAUAGCAUACGCCUUUAGCGUCUUGAGUACACUAUUUAUUUAUUGUUACAUCGGCGAGUGUCUCAUUCAGGAAAGUACGAGUCUGAGCAACGCAUUUUAUCGUUACGAGUGGUAUAACAUUUCACCGAUCAAUCUGAAAAUGAUUUAUAUUUGCAUGCUACGUAUGAAGAAACCACAACAACUGACUUCUGGUAAAUUUUUCGUCUUAUCAUUGGCCACUUUUACCGAUAUUAUUAAAACAUCGAUGGGAUAUCUCUCUCUACUACGAAAUGUUCUAUAAAGAUUUUUUUUGUUCACUUAUUAAUAAAAUCACUUUUUCUUUUCGCAAUAAUUCAGUAUAAAUAUCGUUUUCAAUCGAUUUCAAUCGAUUUUCUUACAAGAAAGAAAGAAGAAAAAAAAUUGAUACAUAGAUAUGUUCCAGAUCAUUUAUUAAGACGUUUUCAAUUUUCGACUAAAUAUUUCUUAAACUGAAACAAUCAAGUUGAAAUUGAAUCUCUUUUUCAAUCAAUUAUUAAUCAGUUUAGUCAACCAGUUCUGUACGAUCAGUUUGACUUUAA